GAUCCGUUUUCGAUCGUGAGUCCCAUUCAAUAAACAGCCUCCUGCAAUACCUCUUAAGGUUCCUUGCAGUUCCCACAGCCAAUGGAUAUACGAAAAUGAUAGUUUCUUAAGUGAAGUUUGUGUGCAGCGGUCAUUGGAAGUACCUGUUCAAGUACAUAAAUAACCAGAUUUUCGACUUUUCGUUCAUCUGAAAUUGCUAGACCCAAAGAUGGCUGAAGUUCCAGCUCCCCUAGUUAAUAUCAACGAGAGCCUUCUUGAAUUUGUGAGCUAAGAGAAUGUUCAUUAUGAUCUGAAACCAACGAGAUACUGGAUUUUAUUUUACCACGUAUCCACCGCGCACCACUUAUGGGAGUACAAUACGAUCGCUCCUUUCCAAUGUAAUGCAAAAUCAAAUGUUGAUAUCUCGUUUUGACAACACUGCUUAGAACAUUGUUCGUAUGCACCUAUAUAAUCUGAAUAUAUAACCAUAAUGACGCUAUCUUGUCAUCAGUCCAAAUUACGGAUAUAAUAACGCUGAUUUUUUACAGGUAGGCCACUAACUCUCAGGCGCAAUCACUUCUUUUUGUGUUCCUGUUUUUCAUUGUGAUCAAACGAGUUAGCGGGCACUAAAAAGACAAAAUGGCCGCUCAAGACCCUGAUCCUACUGAAUUUCUCUACGUCUCUGCGGAGAUGAAGAGAAAGGACGCUACGAAACCGUAUGAUGGCAAAAAAAUGACUUGGGUCCCCGAUGAGAAGGAGGGCUUUAUUCUUGGCACGAUUGACUCGAUGGAGGGUGACAAAGCCGUCGUCGACACCCCCGGAGGCAAAAAAACUUUUAAAAAGGACCAGCUUCAGCAAGUCAAUCCCCCUAAGUACGAGAAGUGCGAGGACAUGUCUAAUUUGACAUAUCUCAACGACGCGUCUGUACUUCACAAUCUGAGAGAACGCUACUACGCUAACUUAAUUUAUACGUACUCGGGUCUCUUCUGCGUCGCCAUCAACCCAUACAAGAGGUUCCCCAUCUAUACCCCUCGUGUAGUCAUGAUCUACAAGGGCAAGAGGAGGACUGAAGUGCCACCCCAUGUAUUCGCUAUUUCGGAUGGCGCUUACAUGCACAUGCUCACGGACAAUGAAGAUCAGUCUAUGCUUAUUACCGGUGAGUCCGGAGCCGGUAAGACCGAAAACACGAAGAAAGUAAUCUCGUACUUCGCCAACGUUGGCAAAAGUGAUAGGAAGGCAGAAGCUGACAGCAACAAGCCAUCGCUUGAAGACCAGAUUGUGCAGACUAAUCCUGUACUUGAAGCUUUUGGAAAUGCUAAGACCGUGCGUAAUGACAAUUCUUCACGAUUUGGAAAGUUUAUUCGCAUACAUUUCGGUCCCUCUGGAAAAUUGGCUGGAGCUGAUAUCGAAACCUACCUGCUUGAGAAAGCUCGUGUCAUUUCACAGCAGCCUCUUGAGCGUUCUUACCACAUCUUCUACCAGUUGAUGUCUGGCAAAAUCCCUGGACUGAAAAAGAAACUUCUCCUUUCAAACAACAUCCAUGAUUACUACUACGUGUCCCAGGGUAAAACGGAAAUCCCUAAUGUCGACGAUGGUGAGGAAAUGAGCCUGACCGAUGAAGCUUUCGAUAUUCUAGGCUUCACUCCUGAGGAGAAAGAGGGUGUGUACCGCAUCACUUCUGCUGUUAUGCAUUUUGGUACUAUGAAAUUCAAGCAAAGACCCCGCGAGGAGCAAGCUGAAGUUGACGGCACGGAAGAAGGCGAAAAUGUUGCUAAGCUACUUGGACUUGAUGCGGUAGAACUGGCCAAAAACUUGACAAAACCCAGGAUUAAGGUCGGUACCGAAAUGGUGACUAAGGGGCAGAAUCAGACUCAAGUUAUUUCUGCUAUCGGUGCUUUGUCUAAGGCGAUGUUCGAUCGCACAUUUAAAUUUCUGGUAAACAAAUGUAAUGAUACCCUUGACACCAAGCAGGCUCGUAAACACUUCAUCGGUGUACUUGAUAUUGCCGGUUUUGAGAUUUUCGACUACAACGGCUUCGAGCAGCUCUGCAUCAAUUUCACCAAUGAGAAACUGCAACAGUUCUUCAACCAUCACAUGUUCGUACUAGAGCAAGAAGAAUACAAAAGGGAAGGCAUCGACUGGGUAUUCAUCGACUUUGGCCUUGAUCUGCAGGCUUGCAUAGAACUGAUCGAAAAGCCCAUGGGUAUUAUGUCUAUCCUAGAAGAGGAGUCAAUGUUUCCUAAGGCUACCGACAAGACCUUUGAAGAUAAGCUAAACAGCACCCACCUUGGAAAGUCGGCUCCGUUCCAGAAGCCUAAGCCACCGAAAAGUAAGGAAAUUGGUCCUGCGCAUUUUGCUAUUGCCCACUAUGCCGGCACCGUAUCCUACUCUAUCACUGGCUGGCUUGAGAAGAAUAAGGAUCCUCUAAACGACUGCGUCGUCGAUCAGUUCAAAAAGGGCAAUCUGCCGUUGUUGCAAACUAUAUUUGAAGACCAUCCCGGACUUGGCGGCGACACAAAGGCUGAGGGUGGCGGCAAAGGUGGCCGCAAGAAAGGGUCUGGUUUCCAAACCGUGUCUGGACUGUAUCGAGAACAACUGAAUAAGCUGAUGCACACCCUACAUUCGACGCAUCCACACUUCGUACGUUGCAUUAUCCCCAACGAGUUUAAGCAACCUCGUGUCAUUGACGCCCACCUCGUUAUGCACCAACUGACUUGCAACGGUGUGCUUGAGGGAAUUCGUAUUUGUCGUAAAGGCUUUCCCAACAGGAUGGUAUAUCCUGAUUUCCGUCAACGUUAUACAAUUCUUGCCGCUGAGGAGGCCAAGAAACACUCCGAGGCGAAGGAUUCUUCAAUCGCUGUUAUCUCUAACAUUGGUCUUGACAAGGACGAGUACAGAUUCGGCAGCACCAAGGUCUUUUUCCGUGCCGGUGUCCUCGGUCGUCUCGAGGAAAUGCGCGACGAACGUUUAGCUAAGAUCAUGACGAUGAUUCAAUCAGCCUGCCGGUGGUACCUCUGCAAAAAACACUUCCAGAAGCUCAAGGAACAACGACUCGCACUGCGCGUCUUACAGAGAAACCUUCGUCAGUUCGCUCAAAUGCGCAAUUGGGCAUGGUGGAAACUUUUUGUCAGGGUUAAACCUUUGUUAAACAUGACUAAGGCUGAGGACGAGCUUAAAGCUUUGGAGGAGAAACUUAGAGCGGAACAAGAAAAAUUCUCCAAAGAAGAAAAACUGCGCAAGGAGCUCGAGUCCCAGAACCUUAAGCUUUUGCAAGAAAAAAACGAGCUAUUCUUGCAGCUUGAAUCGGAGCGCACAGGCGCCGGUGAUAUAGAACAGCGCCUUAACAAGACGCUAGCUCAAAAAAAUGAAGUCGAACGUCAGCUGCGCGAAAUGGAGGAACGCUUCCAUAAGGAAGAGGAUAAUGCUAAUAAACUAAAUCAAUCCAAGAGGAAACUUGAAAACGAGAUUUCCGCUCAUAAGAAGGAUAUCGAAGAUUUGCAGCUUUCUUUGCAAAAGGCCGAGCAGGACAAGCAAUCCAAGGACCAUCAGAUUCGUAAUUUAAAUGACGAAAUAGCACAUCAGGAAGAACUUGUUGCCAAGUUGAACAAGGAAAAGAAGGCCUUGCAAGAGCAAGGAGGUAAGACUAUGGAAGACCUGCAGGCCCAAGAAGACAAGGUUAAUCAUCUGAACAAGGUAAAAACGAAACUUGAGCAAACCCUUGAUGAGCUGGAGGAUUCCCUUGAGCGUGAGAAGAAGAUACGUGCUGAUCUUGACAAAGCAAAGAGGAAGGUUGAGGCCGACCUCAAGCUUGCUCAAGAAGCGGUCAUAGAUCUAGAAAAAAACAAGAAAGAGAUGGAGCAUGCUAUUCAGCGUAAAGAUAAGGAGCUCGCUGCUUUGGCAACUAAGCUCGAAGAGGAGCAAUUUCAGAUCAGCAAACUACAGAGGCAGAUCAAGGAACUACAGCAGCGUAUUGAGGAACUUCAGGAAGAACUUGAGGCCGAGCGUCAGGCCCGUUCCAAAGCCGAGAAGCAGCGUGCCGACCUCGCCCGAGAGCUUGAACAGCUCUCGGAGCGCUUGGAGGAAGCUGGUGGAGCAACAUCCGCUCAGAUCGAGCUUAACAAGCGCCGUGAGGCUGAACUCGGCAAACUUCGUCGAGAUCUCGAGGAAGCCAACAACCAACAUGAGCAAAUCGUAUCCGCCCUUCGUCAGAAGAGUAGCACGACUGUAGCAGAACUUAGCGACUCAAUCGACAACCUAAACAAAAGCAAGGCCAAGCUUGAAAAGGAUUGCGCCGGAUACAAGGCCCAGGCGUUAGAUUCUCAGUCCUCUCUGGACCAUGCACUGAAGCUUCAGGCCAAUGCCGAGCGCCAAGUUAAGAUGCUAGAAGUACAGCUGCAAGAUAUCCAGUUCAAGCUUGACGAAUCGAAUCGAACGGUAAAUGAUUUUGAUGCCGCAAAGAAAAAGUUGGCCCUGGAAAACUCCGAGCUACAGCGUCAGCUCGAGGAAGCCGAAAGUCAAAUCAGUCAGCUAUCUAAGCAGAAGGCGGCCCUUGCCAGCCAGGCGGAGGAAGCUAAACGCUCGGCUGACGAUGAGAAUAGGGAGCGUUGCGCAAUUCUCGGAAAGUACCGUAAUAUCGAGCAUGACCUUGACAACAUUCGCGAAACUCUGGAGGAGGAGCAGGAAGCCAAAGCUGAUCUGCAGCGACAACUGUCCAAAGCCAAUGCUGAAGCUCAACUUUGGAGGUCGAAAUACGAAUCUGAAGGUCUUGCUCGUUUGGAAGAACUGGAGGAAUCUAGGAAGAAGCUGCAAAUCAAAUUACAGAGCGCCGAGGAGCUGAUUGAAGGUCUUAACGCGAAGUGUUCUGGCCUCGAGAAGACGAAGAAUCAUCUGCAAGGAGAGAUCGACGAUAUGCAGGCCGAGGUUGAUCGCGCUCAGCAGUUAACUGCUCAGCUUGAAAAAAGGCAGAAAUCAUUCGACAAGGUCAUUGCCGAAUGGAAGGCAAAGACCGACGAUCUCGCCGCCGAGCUGGAUGCCUCUCAGAAGGAAUGUAGGAACUAUUCCACCGAAGUGUUCAAGCUUCGUGCUGUCUACGAUGAGUCCCAGGAACACUACGAGGCUGCUAAGCGAGAGAACAAGAACCUCCAAGACGAGCUCAAAGAUCUCCUUGACCAGCUUGGUGAGGGUGGUAGAUCUGUUCAUGAGCUCGAGAAGGCUCGCAAGAGGCUCGAGUUGGAGAAAGACGAGCUCCAACACGCCCUCGAAGAAGCUGAGGCUGCACUCGAGCAAGAAGAAAAUAAGGUGCUUCGCGCUCAAUUGGAGCUUAGUCAGGUACGUCAGGAGAUCGAGCGCCGCAUUCAAGAGAAGGAGGAGGAGUUCGAAAAUACUCGCAAGAACCACCAACGCGCCCUUGAUUCUAUGCAGGCUUCCCUUGAGGCUGAGGCCAAGGGUCGCGCUGAGGCUCUCCGGUUGAAGAAAAAACUCGAAUCCGAUAUAAACGAGCUUGAGAUCGCUCUUGACGGAGCCAACAAAGCCAAUGCUGAGGCUCAAAAGACCAUCAAGAGGUACCAGCAGACGAUUAAGGACAUGCAGAUACAAAUUGAAGAUGAGCAGAAGGCCCGUGAUGAGGCUCGUGACCAGUAUGCCAAUGCUGAACGUCGCGCCAACCAGCUUCAUGGCUCCAUUGAAGAGACUAAGCAGCUUCUGGAACAGUCUGAACGAGGGCGCCGAUCUACAGAAGGCGAUUUGAUUGAGCUUCGUGAGCAACACGCUGAACUGGCUGCCAACAACGCUUCGCUUGGCAUGGUCAAGAGGAAGCUUGAAGACGAGAUGGCCGCUCUUCAGGCCGAUCUUGACGAGGUGAUUAAUGAGUGCAAGGCGUCAGAGGAAAAGGCCAAGAAAGCCAUGGUUGACGCUGCUCGUCUAGCCGAUGAGCUCCGCGCCGAACAGGAGCACGCUUCUUCUCAGGAGAAGAUACGCAAGGCUCUCGAAAUUCAAAUGAAGGAUCUCCAGAUCCGUCUAGAUGAGGCUGAGGCUGCUGCUCUUAAGGGAGGCAGGAAGCUCAUUGAAAAGCUCGAGCACAAGUGCCGCCAGCUGGAGUCUGAGUUGGAAACUGAGCAACGCCGCCAUGGCGAUGCUGCCAAGAAUGCCAGGAAGGGAGAACGCAGAAUUAAGGAGCUGCAGUUCCAGGCCGAAGAAGACCGCAAAAACCACGAACGUAUGCAGGAGCUCGUCGAUAAGCUGCAGCAGAAGAUCAGCACUUAUAAGCGACAGAUCGAGGAGGCUGAGGAGAUCGCUGCUAUGAAUCUGGCCAAGUAUCGCAAAGCCCAGCAGGAACUUGAAGACGCUGAUGAACGUGCCAAUCUCGCCGAGCAGACCGUUGCCAAGCUCCGGGCCAAAAAUCGUUCCUCAGUCAGCAUGGCACGCGAGUGGCUAGUGAAUAAUAUAGCUUUGCUUACACGAAUCUUCUUUGGAUAUUCCAAAAGAACCCCAGAACUAGUGGUCAAAAUGGCAGCGCAAGACCCUGAUCCGAGUGAGUUCUUGUACGUCUCCGCAGAAAUGAAGCGGAAGGAUGCUACGAAGCCGUACGAUGGCAAGAAGAUGACUUGGGUACCCGAUGAGAAAGAGGGCUUUGUUCUCGGGAACAUCGAGUCCCUUGAGGGUGAUAAGGCCGUCGUCGAAACCCCCGGAGGCAAAAAGACAUUCAAAAAGGACCAGCUUCAACAGGUCAACCCUCCCAAGUACGAGAAGUGCGAAGACAUGUCCAAUAUGACUUAUCUCAACGACGCUUCCGUACUGCAUAACCUAAAGGAACGUUACUACGCCAACCUAAUUUACACUUACUCGGGUCUCUUCUGCGUCGCCAUCAACCCGUACAAAAGAUUUCCCAUCUAUACCCCUCGUGUAGUUAUGAUCUACAAGGGCAAAAGGAGGACUGAGGUGCCACCUCAUGUAUUCGCUAUUUCGGACGGUGCUUACAUGCACAUGCUCACGGACAACGAAGAUCAGUCUAUGCUUAUUACCGGUGAAUCCGGAGCCGGAAAGACUGAAAACACGAAAAAAGUAAUUUCGUACUUCGCCAACGUCGGUAAAAGUGACAGAAAGGCUGAUGCUGAUAAGAACAAGCCCUCACUUGAAGACCAGAUCGUGCAAACUAAUCCUGUUCUUGAGUCGUUCGGUAACGCUAAAACCACCCGUAACGAUAACUCUUCCCGAUUUGGUAAAUUCAUCCGUAUUCAUUUUGGCCCCACUGGCAAACUAGCCGGUUGUGAUAUUGAGACCUACCUGUUGGAGAAAGCUCGUGUGAUAUCUCAGCAGCCACUUGAGCGUUCUUAUCACAUCUUCUACCAAUUGAUGUCCGGUAAAAUUCCUGACAUGAAGAAGAAUCUCCUGCUUUCCGACAACAUAUAUGACUACCAUUAUGUAUCUCAGGGUAAGGUCGAGAUCCCCAACGUCGACGACGGUGAAGAAAUGGGUUACACCGAUGAGGCCUUCAACAUUCUAGGCUUCGACAAGGAUGAAAAAGAUGGUGUGUACAGGAUCACUGCUUCUGUCAUGCACUUCGGUACGAUGAAGUUUAAGCAGAGACCUCGUGAAGAGCAAGCUGAACCCGACGGCACUGAAGAGGGUGAAAAAGUCGCGAAGCUUCUGGGUACCGAUCCGACUGAGCUGUACAAGAACUUGACGAAACCCAGGAUUAAGGUCGGUACCGAAUUUGUGACCAAGGGUCAAAGUCAGGGCCAGGUUAUGUCUGCUAUCGGUGCCCUGUCUAAAGCCAUGUUCGAUCGUCUGUUCAUUCUCGUCAAGAAAUGUAACGAUACCCUUGACACCAAGCGCCGUAAACACUUCAUCGGUGUACUUGAUAUUGCCGGUUUUGAGAUCUUCGACUACAACGGCUUCGAGCAGCUCUGCAUCAAUUUCACCAAUGAGAAACUGCAGCAGUUCUUCAACCACCACAUGUUCGUGUUGGAACAGGAGGAGUACAAGAGGGAAGGCAUUGACUGGGUUUUCAUCGAUUUUGGUCUUGAUCUGCAGGCCUGCAUUGAGCUAAUUGAGAAGCCCCUGGGUAUUUUGUCCAUCCUAGAAGAAGAGUCUAUGUUCCCUAAGGCUACUGACAAGACGUUUGAGGACAAACUGAACAGCACCCAUCUUGGCAAGUCGGCUCCAUUCCAGAAGCCAAAACCACCGAAGAGCAAGGAUAUUGGCCCCGCCCACUUUGCUAUUGCCCACUAUGCCGGCACCGUUUCCUACUCUAUUACUGGCUGGCUCGAGAAGAACAAGGAUCCUCUUAACGACUGCGUCGUUGACCAGCUCAAGAAGAGUAACCUGAAGCUUCUGCAGACCAUCUUUGAAGAUCACCCUGGUCUUGGUGGAGAUGCUAAGGCUGAGGGCGGCGGCAAAGGUGGUGGUCGCAAGAAGGGUUCUGGCUUCCAGACAGUUUCUGGCCUGUAUAGGGAACAAUUAAAUAAGCUGAUGCACACCCUCCACUCGACACAUCCUCAUUUCGUGCGCUGUAUCAUCCCCAACGAGUUUAAGCAACCCCGUGUUAUCGAUGCCCAUCUUGUUAUGCACCAACUGACCUGUAACGGUGUGCUUGAGGGUAUUCGUAUCUGUCGUAAAGGUUUCCCCAAUAGGAUGGUGUACCCUGAUUUCCGUCAGCGUUACAACAUCUUGGCUCCCAAUGCGGUCCCUAAAGAUUUCGCCGGCGAGCUGAAGGAUGCUGGCAGUAUGCUGAUUUCUCAGACUGGUCUCGAUAAGGACGAGUAUCGUAUUGGACAUACUAAGGUGUUCUUCCGUGCCGGAGUUUUGGGUCGCCUUGAGGAAAUGCGUGACGAGCGUCUGGCUAAAAUAAUGACCAUGAUCCAAUCGGCCUGUCGUUGGUACCUUUGCAAGAAACAUUUCCAGAAGCUGAAGGAACAACGCCUGGCGCUCCGUGUUCUCCAGAGGAAUCUUCGCCAGUUCGCCCAAAUGCGCAAUUGGGCUUGGUGGAAACUCUUUGUUAAAGUUAAGCCUCUUCUUACUAUGACAAAGGCUGAGGACGAGCUUAAAGCUCUUGAAGAUAAGCUCAAGGAGGAGAUGGAGAAACUGGCUAAAGAGGAGAAGCUCCGCAAAGAACUCGAGGCCCAGAACGCCAAGUUGGUCCAGGAGAAGAACGAGCUUUUCCUCCAAUUGGAAGCCGAGCGUACCGGUGCGGGUGACAUUGAGCAGCGACUCAACAAGGUGAAUUCUCAGAAAACCGACCUGGAGCGCCAAGUUCGCGAGUUGGAGGAGAAGCUGCACCGUGAGGAGGAUAAUGUCAACAAGCUGAACCAAAACAAACGAAAGCUUGAGGGAGAAAUCAGUGCUCACAAGAAGGACAUUGAGGAUCUUCAAUUGUCUCUGCAGAAGGCCGAGCAGGAUAAACAAUCGAAGGACCACCAGAUCCGUAAUCUUAACGACGAGAUUGCUCAGAAGGAGGAACUCAUAGCCAAGCUAAACAAGGAGAAGAAGUCCCUGCAAGAGCAGGGAAGCAAGACUACCGAUGAUUUGCAAGCACAGGAGGACAAAGUGAACCAUCUUAACAAGGUGAAAGCUAAACUGGAGCAGACCCUUGAUGAGCUCGAGGAUUCUCUUGAGCGUGAGAAGAAAGCCCGUGCCGACCUCGACAAGGCCAAAAGGAAGGUUGAGGGAGACCUAAAACUCGCCCAGGAGGCCGUGGCCGACCUCGAGAAAAAUAAGAAGGAACUCGAACAGACCAUUCAGCGCAAGGAUAAGGAGCUUGCCGCUCUAGCCACCAAACUCGAGGACGAGCAAUCCCAAAUUGCCAAACUGCAGAAACAGAUAAAGGAGCUGCAACAGCGCGUCGAAGAGCUUCAGGAAGAGCUUGAAGCUGAGCGUCAGGCCCGUUCUAAGGCUGAAAAACAACGUUCAGACCUUGCCCGUGAGCUCGAACAGUUAUCAGAGCGCCUAGAAGAGGCUGGAGGCGCCACGUCUGCCCAAAUUGAGCUAAACAAGCGCCGCGAGGCUGAGCUUGGUAAGCUCCGCCGUGACCUCGAGGAGUCCAACUCGCAACAUGAGCAGAUCGUUUCGGCCCUCCGCCAAAAGAACAAUGCCACCGUGGUCGAGAUGACAGACACCAUCGACAAUCUCAACAAGCACAAGGCCAAGCUCGAGAAGGAAAGGUCCCAGUUCAAGUCAGAGGCCGAUGAUAUGAGACAGAACGUUGAGCACGUUCAGCGAGAGAAGGCCAAUGCUGAGCGUCAGGUGAAGAUGCUUGAGGUACAGCUGCAGGAUACUCAGUACAAGCUGGAUGAAUCGAAUCGUACCGUUAAUGAUUUUGAUGCUGCGAAGAAGAAAUUGGCCCUCGAAAAUUCCGAACUCCAGCGUCAGCUUGAGGAGGCUGAGAGUCAGAUCAGCCAGCUGUCCAAACAAAAGGCUUCGCUUGCCAGCCAAGCUGAGGAAGCCAAACGCUCUGCUGAUGAGGAGAACAGGGAGCGUGCUGCUAUCCUUGGCAAGUACCGUAAUAUUGAGCAUGACCUCGACAACCUGCGUGAGGCUCUAGAAGAGGAACAGGAAGCUAAGGCUGAUCUUCAGCGUCAACUUUCCAAGGCAAACGCUGAUGCUCAGCUCUGGAGGAGCAAGUAUGAAUCCGAGGGCCUUGCUCGCCUCGAGGAGCUUGAAGAGUCUAGGAAGAGGCUUCAGAUUAAGUUGCAGGGUGCCGAGGAGAUAAUCGAGGGCUUGAAUGCCAAGGUUUCUGGCCUUGAAAAAACGAGGAGUCAUCUGCAGGGAGAACUCGAUGAUAUGCAUGCUGAGGUCGACCGCGCCCAGCAGCUGGCCGUUCAGCUUGAAAAAAGGCAGAAAUCGUUCGAUAAGGUCAUAGCCGAAUGGAAGGCGAAGACCGAUGAUCUUGCUGCCGAGCUGGAUGCCUCUCAGAAGGAAUGCAGAAACUAUUCCACCGAAGUGUUUAAGCUUCGUGCUGCUUAUGAUGAGUCGCAGGAACGCUAUGAGGCUGUCAAGCGGGAGAACAAGAAUCUCCAGGAUGAACUCAAGGAUCUCCUCGACCAGCUUGGUGAGGGUGGCAGGUCCGUGCAUGAACUCGAGAAAGCUCGUAAGAGGCUCGAGCUAGAGAAGGACGAGCUCCAGCACGCCCUCGAAGAAGCUGAGGCUGCGCUUGAGCAAGAGGAAAACAAGGUGCUCCGCGCUCAGUUGGAGCUUAGCCAAGUACGUCAGGAGAUCGAGCGCCGCAUCCAGGAGAAGGAGGAAGAAUUCGAAAACACUCGCAAGAACCAUCAACGCGCCCUCGAUUCUAUGCAGGCUUCCCUUGAGGCUGAGGCUAGAGGUCGCGCUGAGGCUCUUCGGCUGAAGAAAAAACUGGAAUCCGACAUCAACGAGCUUGAGAUCGCUCUUGACGGAGCCAACAAAGCAAAUGCUGAGGCUCAGAAGACCAUCAAGCGAUACCAGCAGACGAUGAAGGACAUGCAGACACAAAUUGAAGAUGAGCAGAAGGCCCGUGACGAGGCUCGUGAUCAGUAUGCCAAUGCUGAACGCCGCGCCAACCAGUUGCACGGAUCCCUCGAGGAAGCUAAACAGCUUUUGGAGCAGUCUGAGCGUGCACGUCGCUCAGUUGAGGGUGAGAACAUGGAGCUGCGCGAAGCUAACAACGAAAUGGCCGCUAACAACGCUUCUCUUGGAAUGGCCAAAAGGAAACUUGAGGGUGAGAUGGCUGCUCUGCAGGCCGAUCUGGAUGAGAUGAUUAACGAGUGCAAGGCGUCCGAAGAGAAAGCCAAAAAGGCCAUGGUUGAUGCCGCUCGUCUCGCCGAUGAGCUCCGCGCCGAACAGGAACAUGCUUCUUCUCAGGAAAAGAUGCGCAAGGCUCUUGAGAUUCAAAUGAAGGAUCUUCAGGUCCGUCUAGAUGAGGCCGAGGCUGCUGCCCUUAAAGGAGGCAAGAAGCUCAUUGAAAAACUCGAGCACAAGUGUCGCCAGCUGGAGUCUGAUUUGGAAACUGAGCAACGCCGCCAUGGCGAUGCUGCUAAGAAUGCCAGGAAAGGAGAGCGUAGAAUUAAGGAGCUGCAGUUCCAGGCCGAAGAAGACCGCAAAAACCAUGAGCGUAUGCAGGAGCUUGUCGAUAAGCUCCAGCAGAAAAUCAGCACUUACAAACGGCAGAUCGAGGAGGCUGAAGAGAUUGCUGCUAUGAACCUGGCCAAGUACCGCAAAGCCCAGCAAGAGCUUGAGGAUGCUGAUGAGCGCGCCAAUCUUGCCGAACAGACCGUUGCCAAGCUCCGGGCCAAAAACCGUUCCUCAGUCAGCAUGGCCCGCGAGAAAGGAACCCCAGAACUAGUGGUCAAAAUGGCAGCGCAAGACCCUGAUCCGAGUGAGUUCUUGUACGUCUCCGCAGAAAUGAAGCGGAAGGAUGCUACGAAGCCGUACGAUGGCAAGAAGAUGACUUGGGUACCCGAUGAGAAAGAGGGCUUUGUUCUCGGGAACAUCGAGUCCCUUGAGGGUGAUAAGGCCGUCGUCGAAACCCCCGGAGGCAAAAAGACAUUCAAAAAGGACCAGCUUCAACAGGUCAACCCUCCCAAGUACGAGAAGUGCGAAGACAUGUCCAAUAUGACUUACCUCAACGAUGCUUCUGUACUGCAUAACCUAAAGGAACGUUACUACGCCAACCUAAUUUACACUUACUCGGGUCUCUUCUGCGUCGCCAUCAACCCGUACAAAAGAUUCCCCAUCUAUACCCCUCGUGUAGUUAUGAUCUACAAGGGCAAAAGGAGGACUGAGGUGCCACCUCAUGUAUUCGCUAUUUCGGACGGUGCUUACAUGCACAUGCUCACGGACAACGAAGAUCAGUCUAUGCUUAUUACCGGUGAAUCCGGAGCCGGAAAGACUGAAAACACGAAAAAAGUAAUUUCGUACUUCGCCAACGUCGGUAAAAGUGACAGAAAGGCUGAUGCUGAUAAGAACAAGCCCUCACUUGAAGACCAGAUCGUGCAAACUAAUCCUGUUCUUGAGUCGUUCGGUAACGCUAAAACCACCCGUAACGAUAACUCUUCCCGAUUUGGUAAAUUCAUCCGUAUUCAUUUUGGCCCCACUGGCAAACUAGCCGGUUGUGAUAUUGAGACCUACCUGUUGGAGAAAGCUCGUGUGAUAUCUCAGCAGCCACUUGAGCGUUCUUAUCACAUCUUCUACCAAUUGAUGUCCGGUAAAAUUCCUGACAUGAAGAAGAAUCUCCUGCUUUCCGACAACAUAUACGACUACCAUUAUGUAUCUCAGGGUAAGGUCGAGAUCCCCAACGUCGACGACGGUGAAGAAAUGGGUUACACCGAUGAGGCCUUCAACAUUCUAGGCUUCGACAAGGAUGAAAAAGAUGGUGUGUACAGGAUCACUGCUUCUGUCAUGCACUUCGGUACGAUGAAGUUUAAGCAGAGACCUCGUGAAGAGCAAGCUGAACCCGACGGCACUGAAGAGGGUGAAAAAGUCGCGAAGCUUCUGGGUACCGAUCCGACUGAGCUGUACAAGAACUUGACGAAACCCAGGAUUAAGGUCGGUACCGAAUUUGUGACCAAGGGUCAAAGUCAGGGCCAGGUUAUGUCUGCUAUCGGUGCCCUGUCUAAAGCCAUGUUCGAUCGUCUGUUCAAGUUUCUCGUCAAGAAAUGUAACGAUACCCUUGACACCAAGCAGGCUCGUAAACACUUCAUCGGUGUACUUGAUAUUGCCGGUUUUGAGAUCUUCGACUACAACGGCUUCGAGCAGCUCUGCAUCAAUUUCACCAAUGAGAAACUGCAGCAGUUCUUCAACCACCACAUGUUCGUGUUGGAACAGGAGGAGUACAAGAGGGAAGGCAUUGACUGGGUUUUCAUCGAUUUUGGUCUUGAUCUGCAGGCCUGCAUUGAGCUAAUUGAGAAGCCCCUGGGUAUUUUGUCCAUCCUAGAAGAAGAGUCUAUGUUCCCUAAGGCUACUGACAAGACGUUUGAGGACAAACUGAACAGCACCCAUCUUGGCAAGUCGGCUCCAUUCCAGAAGCCAAAACCACCGAAGAGCAAGGAUAUUGGCCCCGCCCACUUUGCUAUUGCCCACUAUGCCGGCACCGUUUCCUACUCUAUUACUGGCUGGCUCGAGAAGAACAAGGAUCCUCUUAACGACUGCGUCGUUGACCAGCUCAAGAAGAGUAACCUGAAGCUUCUGCAGACCAUCUUUGAAGAUCACCCUGGUCUUGGUGGAGAUGCUAAGGCUGAGGGCGGCGGCAAAGGUGGUGGUCGCAAGAAGGGUUCUGGUUUCCAGACAGUUUCUGGCCUAUAUAGGGAACAAUUAAAUAAGCUGAUGCACACCCUCCACUCGACACAUCCUCAUUUCGUGCGCUGUAUCAUCCCUAACGAGUUUAAGCAACCCCGUGUUAUCGAUGCCCAUCUUGUUAUGCACCAGCUGACCUGUAACGGUGUGCUUGAGGGUAUUCGUAUCUGUCGUAAAGGUUUCCCCAAUAGGAUGGUGUACCCUGAUUUCCGUCAGCGUUACAACAUCUUGGCUCCCAAUGCGGUCCCUAAAGAUUUCGCCGGCGAGCUGAAGGAUGCUGGCAGUAUGCUGAUUUCUCAGACUGGUCUCGAUAAGGACGAGUAUCGUAUUGGACAUACUAAGGUGUUCUUCCGUGCCGGAGUUUUGGGUCGCCUUGAGGAAAUGCGUGACGAGCGUCUGGCUAAAAUAAUGACCAUGAUCCAAUCGGCCUGUCGUUGGUACCUUUGCAAGAAACAUUUCCAGAAGCUGAAGGAACAACGCCUGGCGCUCCGUGUUCUCCAGAGGAAUCUUCGCCAGUUCGCCCAAAUGCGCAAUUGGGCUUGGUGGAAACUCUUUGUUAAGGUUAAGCCUCUUCUUACUAUGACAAAGGCUGAGGACGAGCUUAAAGCUCUUGAAGAUAAGCUCAAGGAGGAGAUGGAGAAACUGGCUAAAGAGGAGAAGCUCCGCAAAGAACUCGAGGCCCAGAACGCCAAGUUGGUCCAGGAGAAGAACGAGCUUUUCCUCCAAUUGGAAUCCGAGCGUACCGGUGCGGGUGACAUUGAGCAGCGACUCAACAAGGUGAAUUCUCAGAAAACCGACCUUGAACGCCAAGUUCGCGAAUUGGAGGAGAAGCUGCACCGUGAGGAGGAUAAUGUCAACAAGCUGAACCAAAACAAACGAAAGCUUGAAGGAGAAAUCAGUGCUCACAAGAAGGACAUUGAGGAUCUUCAAUUGUCUCUGCAGAAGGCCGAGCAGGAUAAACAAUCGAAGGACCACCAAAUCCGUAAUCUUAACGACGAGAUUACUCAGAAGGAGGAACUCAUAGCCAAGCUAAACAAGGAGAAGAAGUCCCUUCAAGAGCAGGGAAGUAAAACUACCGAUGACUUGCAAGCUCAGGAGGACAAAGUGAACCAUCUUAACAAGGUGAAAGCUAAACUGGAGCAGACCCUUGAUGAGCUCGAGGAUUCUCUUGAGCGUGAGAAGAAAGCCCGUGCCGACCUCGACAAGGCCAAAAGGAAGGUUGAGGGAGAUCUAAAACUCGCCCAGGAGGCCGUGGCCGACCUCGAGAAAAAUAAGAAGGAACUCGAACAGACCAUUCAGCGCAAAGAUAAGGAGCUUGCCGCCCUAGCCACCAAACUCGAGGACGAGCAAUCCCAAAUUGCCAAACUGCAAAAACAGAUAAAGGAGCUGCAACAGCGUGUCGAAGAGCUUCAGGAAGAGCUUGAAGCUGAACGUCAGGCCCGUUCUAAGGCUGAAAAACAACGUUCUGACCUUGCCCGUGAGCUCGAACAGUUAUCAGAGCGCCUAGAAGAGGCUGGAGGCGCCACGUCUGCCCAAAUUGAGCUAAACAAGCGCCGCGAGGCUGAACUUGGUAAGCUCCGCCGUGACCUCGAGGAGUCCAACUCGCAACAUGAGCAGAUCGUUUCGGCCCUCCGCCAAAAAAACAAUGCCACUGUGGUCGAGAUGACAGACACCAUCGACAAUCUCAACAAGCACAAGGCCAAGCUCGAGAAGGAAAGGUCCCAGUUCAAGUCAGAGGCCGAUGAUAUGAGACAGAACGUUGAACACGUUCAGCGAGAGAAGGCCAAUGCUGAGCGUCAGGUAAAGAUGCUUGAGGUACAGCUACAGGAUACUCAGUACAAGCUGGAUGAAUCGAAUCGUACCGUCAAUGAUUUUGAUGCCGCCAAGAAGAAAUUGGCCCUCGAGAAUUCCGAACUCCAGCGUCAGCUUGAGGAGGCUGAGAGUCAGAUCAGCCAGCUGUCCAAACAAAAGGCAUCGCUUGCCAGCCAAGCUGAGGAAGCCAAACGCUCUGCUGAUGAGGAGAACAGGGAGCGUGCCGCUAUCCUUGGCAAGUACCGUAACAUUGAGCAUGACCUCGACAACCUGCGUGAGGCUCUAGAAGAGGAACAGGAAGCUAAGGCUGAUCUUCAGCGUCAACUUUCCAAGGCAAACGCUGAUGCUCAGCUCUGGAGGAGCAAGUAUGAGUCCGAGGGCCUUGCUCGCCUCGAGGAGCUAGAAGAAUCUAGAAAGAGGCUUCAGAUUAAGUUGCAGGGCGCCGAAGAGAUAAUCGAGGGCUUGAACGCCAAAGUUUUUGGUCUCGAAAAAACGAGGAGCCAUCUGCAAGGAGAACUCGACGACAUGCAUGCUGAGGUCGACCGCGCCCAGCAGCUGGCUGUUCAGCUUGAAAAAAGGCAGAAAUCGUUCGACAAGGUUAUAGCCGAAUGGAAGGCGAAGACCGAUGAUCUUGCUGCCGAGCUGGAUGCCUCUCAGAAGGAGUGCAGAAACUACUCCACCGAAGUGUUUAAGCUCCGUGCUGCUUAUGAUGAGUCACAGGAGCACUAUGAGGCUGUCAAGCGGGAGAACAAGAAUCUCCAGGAUGAACUCAAGGAUCUCCUCGACCAGCUUGGUGAGGGUGGCAGGUCCGUGCACGAACUCGAGAAAGCUCGUAAGAGGCUCGAGCUAGAGAAAGACGAGCUCCAGCACGCCCUCGAAGAAGCUGAGGCUGCGCUUGAGCAAGAGGAAAACAAGGUGCUCCGCGCUCAGUUGGAGCUUAGCCAGGUACGUCAGGAGAUCGAGCGCCGCAUCCAGGAGAAGGAGGAAGAAUUCGAAAAUACUCGCAAGAAUCACCAACGCGCCCUCGAUUCUAUGCAGGCUUCCCUUGAGGCUGAGGCUAGGGGUCGCGCUGAGGCUCUUCGGCUGAAAAAAAAACUGGAAUCCGACAUCAACGAGCUUGAGAUCGCUCUUGACGGAGCCAACAAAGCAAAUGCUGAGGCUCAGAAGACCAUCAAGCGAUACCAGCAGACGAUGAAGGACAUGCAGACACAAAUUGAAGAUGAGCAGAAAGCCCGUGACGAGGCUCGUGACCAGUAUGCCAAUGCUGAACGCCGCGCCAACCAGUUGCAUGGAUCUCUCGAGGAAGCUAAACAGCUUUUGGAGCAGUCUGAGCGUGCACGUCGCUCAGUUGAGGGUGAGAACAUGGAGCUGCGCGAAGCUAACAACGAAAUGGCUGCUAACAACGCUUCUCUUGGAAUGGCCAAAAGAAAACUUGAGGGUGAGAUGGCUGCUCUGCAGGCCGAUCUGGAUGAGAUGAUUAACGAGUGCAAGGCGUGUGAAGAGAAGGCCAAAAAGGCCAUGGUUGAUGCCGCUCGUCUAGCCGAUGAGCUUCGCGCCGAACAGGAGCACGCUUCUUCUCAGGAAAAGAUGCGCAAGACUCUUGAGAUUCAAACGAAGGACCUCCAGGUCCGUCUAGAUGAGGCCGAGGCUGCUGCCCUUAAAGGAGGCAAGAAGCUCAUUGAAAAACUCGAGCACAAGUGCCGUCAGCUGGAGUCUGAUUUGGAAACUGAGCAGCGCCGCCAUGGCGAUGCUGCCAAGAAUGCCAGGAAAGGAGAGCGUAGAAUUAAGGAGAUGCAGUUCCAGGCCGAAGAAGACCGCAAAAACCACGAACGUAUGCAGGAGCUUGUCGAUAAGCUCCAGCAGAAAAUCAGCACUUACAAGCGGCAGAUCGAAGAGGCCGAAGAGAUUGCUGCUAUGAACUUGACCAAGUACCGCAAAGCCCAGCAAGAGCUUGAGGAUGCUGAUGAGCGCGCCAAUCUUGCCGAGCAGACCAUUGCCAAGCUCCGGGCCAAAAACCGUUCCUCAGUCAGUAUGGCCCGCGAGUAGAAUAGCCAUCGACAACGCUUAAUAGACUGGCACUUCUCGCAACAUUUGUCCGCUCAACCCAUUCCUCAUUACUACUCAUAAUAAUUGUUAGAUCAUCUCAUCCUCGAUGCACCCGAAACUUUCCGCUGUUCGUGCAUUAAUGCAAUAUGGCUUGGUGAUUUUCACAGCAGAUAUUGCGGGUACGUUCCGUAUGCCUGUUACUGGGUGACAGUGAUGAUGCCACGAGCUUGCCGACAACAACCAAAGAAACGUAACGCGCUGCUUUAUCUCGCCGACAUCGACUACAUAUUGGCAACCCGCUACCACAAGCUGAAAAACUUGUCAGUCGGCUAUAAACCAUAGACACACUCAUGACAAACUCUUCCGUUACAACUGUCCUGCGUUAUCGAAGGCUUAAUAUACGAAGAGCCAGUAAGCCCACAUUACGAUUAGCCUCAAAUAAAUGCGUCACCAUUGGCCUACACACGAUAUUGUUUUUAAUAAAACAACUCUUAAUAUUAACUGU